AAAUCAAAAGAUUUGACAAGUAAUGUUACUAAGAACUAUUUCACCAACCGAAUUUUAAUCAUGGCGGCCAGUGCCAAAAUGUCAUUCAACUAUUACCAAAAUGGAAAAUAUGGAACUCUACCUGCUAAUCCACAGAAGGAUAUGGAGGUCACAAAUGACAUGCAUCUUAAGAUGUCAAAGAAAAUUGCUCAGCUCACAAAGGUCAUUUAUGCCCUUAACACCAAGAAUGACGAACAUGACGGUGCAAUUCAGAGUCUUAAAGACCAACACGAAGAAGAAAUGCAAAAAAUUUUGUCUGAAACGAAAGAUAAAAUUAUGGUAUUCAAACGGAAACUUGAUGAGGACAUUGACUACAGAAGUAAAAUCACUCAUCUAGAGAACACACUUUUCGAACUUGAAAAACACAAAAAAGAUUCUAUGCAACAAUUUGAAUCAUUUAAACGUCAAGCUGACGACAGAGAGAUGAAAUUAAAGAAAGAAAAUUCAGAAAAAAUGCUAUCAGUGUCACAUGAUGUUUUAUUGGCAAAGAAAGAUUUUGAAGACCAGUUAGCUAAAUUUGAUGCAUGGAAAAAAGUGGUUGAUUUAGAAAAAGAGAAAAGUUUACAAGACUUGAAAAAAGUACAUGAAAAAGAAAUGGAGGAUGUUAGACAGUUUCAUCGGGGUCAAAACAGUGAUUGGUUAAAUGAGGUGGCAAAGGUCGAAAAUAAAUACAAAAGUGAAGUUGAGGAAUUAAAUUCAAAAAUUGAACAGUUAAAUGCAGACAAAAGUAAAUUAUCAGAAGACUAUGAACAAAAACUGAGCAAAGCUCAGGCAUUUUAUGAAAAAGAAUUAGCCGCUAUUAAAAAUUCUAAAGACGUAAAUCAAGAACAAUUGUCAGCUGCGUUACGAGAAGAACAAGAGCGAUUGAAAAAGGAAUUUGCAGUACAACAAAAUGAAAUGAAAAAAAGAAUUGACAGUUUAGUUGAACAGUUAUCUUUAAGUGAAGAUGAAACUGAAAAAUAUAAAAAACAACUUGCAGAUUUAGAAUCAAGUUUAAAUGAUAAGGAUGAAAAUUCUUCUGCAUUGCAACAACAGCUGAAGGAUGCCAAACAGAAAGCUUCAGAAGCAAUGACAAAGUUAAAAGAAAUAGAAUCAGAAUUGAUGGUAACUAAAGAAAGAUGUCAAGAACAAGCCAAAGACUUACUCACCAAAUCUGGUCAAAUUGGAGAAUUAGAAGGUACAAAUAUCCAAAAAACAUCCAAGAUUGCAGAUUUACAAAAGGAAAUAAGUCGGUUAAAGGACAGACUAUCAUGGCUAGAAUCAGAGAGAAAAACACUUGAAAGUGAAAAAGAUUCAUUGUCUGAAGAAAAGUUGUCACAACUAAGAUCUCUUGAACAGUCAUUGGAGGACCUGUCUUUAGAAAAAGAGACAUUAGUCACACGUUAUGAGAGAGAAAUACAGAAACUAGUAGAAAAAUCGGAAACACAGAUCAAAGAACUGGCAGAGAAACAUGCAAGAGAGAUGCUGGAACUGAAAAAGUCAACUGAGACAGAAAUGACUCAACAAAAACAAAAGGCAGAGAAUGACUUAUCAGAAUGUAAACAGCAAUUGAAGAAGAAAUACACUGACGACACCACACAUCUGAUAUUUGAAAAAGAUAAACUGAAGGAUGAAUAUGAAAGGAUAAAAUCAGAAUUGACAGUUAGAUUAGAAAAUUCUGAAAAAGAGUUAAGCAGAACGGUUGCAAGACUGAAUGCUAUACUACAAGACAGUGAGGCUGGUCUGGGAUCUGCAUCAAGUAAGAUAAACAGUCUAAAAGAUGCUUCAAUGCAACUUCAGACAGAACUGGAGAAGACAAGAAAUGAACUUAGAACAGCCAAAAAUGAUGCCGCAACUUAUAAAGCUGAACUUGAUAAAUUACGAGCAAUGUAUGACAGUAAAAUGAAAGAAGCCAAAUUAGAUCUACAGAAUCAACUAGAUAAAUUAUCUAAGGAUUUGGAGGGUAAAUGGUCAGAAACAUUAAGAACUGAAACAUCUAGAUUAAAACAUGACAUCACACAGCAGAAGGAUGAUGAAAGAAAAGCUGCUUUGCAGCAAUUGUCAAAACUUAAAGAUGAGGAAAUGAAAGCAAGCAAAGCUGGCUGGGAAAAAAUCAUUGCUGAGAUGCAGAAACAGAUGGCCAUUAUGGAAAGUAAAAUAUCAAAGAGUUACUCUGAAUCCGCUGAGGAAAUAGAGAGAUUGCGGAAGGAGGCUGAAGAAGAGAAAAGAAAACUAGAGAGGAAGAUUGUCGAGGCUGAAGAAGAAUAUUCACAAAAUGUCAAACUUAUGGAGUCCUCACAUGAACAAGAAAAAGAAAGGUUACUGAGACAGAAAAAUCAAGAUGCUGAGGAAUUAGAGAGAAGAAUGAAGUCAGCACAUAUGGAAGAUAUGCAAGUUCAUUUGACAGCUCAUAAAGCAGCUGUAGAAGGAGUAAAAUCAGAAGCAGAAGAUAAACGUCUGGCUGAUCUGGAAUCACAGUCAAAGAAACACAAUGAAAAAAUUGCUAAUGUACGAGAUGAGCUAUCCACUCAGCAUCAACAGUUUGUAGAUGAAGUAGAAAAAAGCCAUGCUUCACAGAUGCAUACAGCUAGGAUAGAAUUAGAGAGAUCGAUAGAAAUUUCAAGGCAGAAGGACAAAGAUCAUCAAAUGAAAACAGAAGAGUUACAAAGUGAAAUAGGCCAUAGAGAAAGACAUAUAAACAACCUGAAAGAUGAAAUACAUGAUCUGAAAGACAAUAUUGAAAGAUUACUUAGGGAGUUGGAGGGCAAAGGGAAAGAAAUACUCAAAGUCAGGAGUGAUGCUAACCUACAAAUCAAGAAAAAAGAAGAGGUUAUGACAAAACAGUUUAAGAAUGAUUUAGAAAAUGUGAAAACUGACCACAACAAGGAGAUAGAACAAAUGAUGGAAGAUUUUACUGAAGCUCAAGAAAUACUCAAAGAUAAAAUCUCAGAAACUCAGAUAGCUUUACAAGAAGCCUCAGAGAGGUAUCGUAAUAGGGAAUCCAGACCAGAGGAUCUAGAAUUGAUAGAACAACUAAGACAUUCAAUCAUUGAAAAAGAACAGAGAAUGAAACAAUUAAUUGAUGAGAAACGGUAUUACCAAAUGGAACUAGUCAACAGAGAAACCAAUUUCAACAAAGUAUUUAACACAGCUCCCAAUGUAGGGGUCAUGAACCCGUUGCAACAAAAGAAACCAAAGAAAGGGGAAAAGAAUCUCCCAAUGAAACAUUCAAGUUCGCCAAAUCUGAAUGGCAGUCACCAAAAACUGGAUCCAUUACCAAACUCUCCUUUACACAAUGGCAAUUUAAAUCCAUCACGGCCGUUACCGAGUUUUACGAAAAAAUUUGUGAAAUGAUAGGAUAUUGUUACUAUUGAUUAACAUAAUGUGUAUGCCAUGCUAGCCAAGUUCUCUGGAAAGUGACAUCAAAGUGUAUUUUAUAUAAAUGUGUGAUAUAAGUAAUCAAUACAGAUGCCUUUUAUAUUUGCUAGCCAAGUUAAAUUUAUAUAAAACUGUUGAUAAUUCAACUUGCUGUGUAAUUCAGAAAAUUAUCACUAGAUACUGUAUAAUUGUACAGAAUAAUGCAGUAGUAUGUGGCAAAAAAUAAACAGAUGGAAAUUUGGUUCCAAACUUUCUUUGAAUAAAUAUAUAAUGCAAAGGACAAUAACUUUUUACAGGGUUUUAAAAUAUAUUGGUCAGAACUGUAUCCUUUUGAUUUCACAAAUUUUAAAAAGAAAUUCAGUUUUGAAAUAUGUGUGUAUGUAAAUCAAGCAUAAAAAUGACAACAAUCAUUAAUAAAAAAAAUUGGAACCACUAUUCUAAAAUUUAAUAUCAGAGAUUUUGACUUUUAUGUAUGAAUUAUUUAUGACUGUUAGCAGUUACAUGGCAAAUUCUUGUCUGACAAUUUUAUAAAUCUAGAUCAAAUAAAGAGUGAAAAUUUUCUAUAAUACAAUACAUUUCAUCACUCAGGUCCUAAAUUAUUUUAUAGAUGUUUAUAUUAUUACAUGAAUAUUUUAAGUGCUAAUGUAAUUUCCAUGUUAUUCUGUUUUCUCCAUUAUUUGCCUUUAGUUAAUUUCUCACUGGAUUUGCAAAAUACAUGUCAUUAUUAAGCAGAUAAGAUAUGUUUAGAUAUUGUAAACUUGUAUGUUAUAACAGUAUAUAAAAACUCCUUCAAAAUCAUUCUUAUAUGGGGCUGUGAUAGCAUUUAGGUUGUAUUAUUAUGAUAAAGUUGUAGAGUUUAUACACAAUUUUUAUAUUCAAUUAAGCGUAACUGUGAUACUUUUUGAUGUACAUGUAUAGUUUAUUUGCUAUUUAUAUGUUUUAUUAUCUACUGUGCAAGAAGUUUGAUUCAUGUAGUAACAAUGUUUGUGGAUUUCUUGCUAUUUCUUUAUAUACUUUAUAGUUUACCUUGGUUUAUAUACUUUAUAGUAUAAUUUGGUUUUUAUUCAAGAAAUGUAUCAAAUUAAUUAAGCUACAUCGCAACCCUGUUUCACAAAAGAUGAACCAUAUUGUUAUCUAAGUGUGUAUAUUAUUUUAACACUUAUUAAAACUACUUAUUACUUAAUACUAUUAAAUAUUGUAGCAUUGAUUUGUUAUGAGCAAAGUUUGAAACCAAGAUUUAAGAAAAUUCACGAAGCAAUGAUUAUCAUCCACUUGGAUUGAAUAUCUUUAGAGAUGAUAGAUAUCAUGUCGUUCAACAUUUGAAACAAUUGUUUGUCAUCUUUUAAUACAUUUUUGAAUUAAGGAUGUAUAAGUCGUGCAACUUUUACUAUAAAUCUCACAUUUUUCACUGCAGACAACUCUUUAAGUAAUAAGGGAAAAUUGUAUACAUAUAUGUAGAUAAAGGAUUAGUUGGUAAUACAGUCAAAGAUGUAGAUGUAGAGACAUGAAUAGAAUUGUUUCUUUAAUUGGAAAGUAAUAUAUUUUGUUGUUGAGAUUUAAUUUAUUUUACUUCUUGUAUAAAAUAACGAGACAUGGUAUGGUAUGAUUGCCAAUUUUUGUAUGUAAUUGUUUUGUACAAUAUAUUGUCCUUUUGUUUCUGCAUUUAGUAUUUUAGCAACAAUAUUGACAAUCCUUGGGGAAAAAAAAGAAUAUUCUUUAUUGUUCAAAAUCAUACUAUAGGGAAGCUGAAAUUGGCCAUUCCCAAAGUAAAAAGAAUGGGGCAUUUGAAAUAGAAAUAUUAGAAAUGUUAUGAAGUCAUUGGUUUAAGAUACUUUUUUAAUAUUUUCUGACAUGCUUACUUGUCUCUGUUAUGAUGUAAGCUUUUAUAGAGAUACUGUUUGUCUGUACUCAAAAGUGCCUAAAACAGGGAAUUCCUUUUUGUAUAUAUCAGUAUUAUUUGAUUUGUUUUUGGUAUUGGGGGUUUCUAGACAUCAAUCUGACCCAAUCUUACAAGUGUCUUCUUAAGUUGAAAUGAAUGUGUAUAAUAUCAUAACUUAAAUUAGCUAUUUUUUAAAGAAUGAGAUUAAUUGUUUCUGUCUUUGGUCAUGAAAAUGAAUGAGAAGUAUUAUGUGUAUCUAUUAUUUAUUGAGUUGGACAUGUUAAAAUGGCUUACACACCAGGAUCCUUUUUAUACACUAAUAAAAAAAAUUGAUGAAUAAUGAUUGGAAAAAAGAGAUGUUUUCCUUGAUAUUUUGUGUUGGCCCAAAAUUUUAUUAAUGUUUUGAUAAAUUAAAAGAACACAGAUGUUUGCCUUGAUUUUUGUACUGGUCAUAUAAGUUAAUGACUAUCUUUUUUUGAUAUCUUGUACAGGUCAAAUAAUUUAGUAAUGAUUUAUGAAAAGACCAGAUAUUUUUAGCUCACCUUUCCAAUGGAAAUAUUAGCUUUUGCCAUCACUUGGUGUCCGUCCAGUGUAAACUAUUUCAAACAUCUUCUCGGAAACUAGUGAACCAAUUCCAACCAAACUUAAGCUGAAUGAUCCUUAGGGUAUUUAGAAUAAAGUUUGUGUUUUAUUUUCUGUUUCGUCAAAAAAAAUGGCUGCCAUGGCUAUAAAUAGAACAUAGGGGUUAUAUCUCAAAAACUAAAGUAUUUAGAGCAAAUCUGACAUGGGGGUAAAAAUGUUCAUUAGGUCAAGAUCUUUCAGCUCUGAAAUUUUUAGAUGAAUCUAACAACCUAUUGUUGGGUUGCUGCCACUAAAUUGAUAAUUUUAAGGAAAUUUUGCAGUUUUUGGUUAUUAUCUUCAAUAUUAUUAUAGAUAAAGAUAAACUGUAAACAGCAAAAAUUUUGAGCAAAGUAAGUUUAUAUGACCAAAAUUGUCAAUUGACGCCUUAAGGAGUUAUUGCCCUUUAAGGACAAUUUUACACAAUUUGUUUAUCAUGUUUUCUAACUUUAAAAAAUCUUCUUCUCUGAAAUUACUGAACCAAAUUAAACCAAACUUAAGCUGAAUGAUUCUUAGGUUAUCUAGAAUAAAGUUUGUGUUUUAUUUUCUGUUUCCUCAGAAAACAUGGCCACCAUGGCUAAAAAUAGAACAUAGGGUAAAAUGCAGUUUUUGACUUGAAUCUCAAAAACUAAGCAUUUAGAGCAAAUCAGACAAGAAGUUAAAAGUAUUCAUUAGGUCAAGAUCUACCUGCCCUGAAAUUAUCAGCAAAAUCGGGUAUCUGAUUUUUAGGUUAUUGCCCCAGAAUUUAUGUUUUUAAGGAAAUUUUGCAGUUUUUAUACGACCGCAAAAAAUUUUGCGGUCGUAUAUUGGUAUGACGUUGGCGUCACCGUCGUCCGAAGACACAUUGGUUUUCGCACAAUAACUUUAGUUUAAGUGAAUGGAUCUCUAUGAAAUUUUACCAUAAGGUUCAAUACCACAAAAGGAAGGUUGGGAUUGAUUUUGGGGGUUAUGGUACCAACAGUUAAAGAAUAAGGGGCCAAAAAGAGGCCAAAAAUAAGCAUUUUUGUAGUUUCCAGACAAUAACUUGUGGAACGGUGUAUGGAUUUCUCUGAAAUUAUACCACAAGUUUCCAUACCACAAAGGGAUGGUUAGGAUUUGCUUUGGGGGGUUAUGGCUCAAACUGUUUAGGAAUUAGGGGAAAAAAAGGAGGAAAAACAAGGGUGUCCUGGUUAAUGGACAAAUACUUUAGUACAAAACAUAAUUUAAAGCAGUGUAAGGGAGGUAAUUCAAAUACAUCAUAGUGUAUUGCACAAAAGCAAAAAAAAAGGGGGGAUAAUUUUUUUUUUUUUUUUUGUGGGGGGAGGGGGGAUCAAUUCGCAAAAGCAAAGUGUAUUGCACAAAAGCAGAAAAUUGAAUAUAAAUUCAAAUCAUAUAACCAAUUCUAAGUUCUUUGACUACAGUUAUUCUGUGUCAGAAACCUUUUAUGUGUCAAAUAUUUAAUUACAAUCCAAAUUCAGACCUGUUUCAAGCGCGAAUAUUGCGUCCAUUUUUGCCCCAACUGUUAAGGGUUGGACCUCUGCGGUCGUAUACAGAUUGCUUACUUUAAAAAAUCUUCUCUUUGAAACUGCUGAAUCAAUUUCAGCCAAACUUGGGCUGAAUGAGUUUCAGAGUAUCUAGUAUAAAUUUUGUAUUUUAUUUCCUUGUAUGUCAAGAAACAGCCACUAUGACUAAAAUGGAACAUAGGGGUAAAAUGCAUUUUUUUGCUUUUGAAGAAAAUAUGACAGAUACAAAGAACAUUUAAAUGGCAUUUUUAAGCCACUCAUUAAUAUAUAUUGAAAAGCAAAAAUAAUCAUUGAUGAAAGAUUUAAGCAAAAAAUUAUAGGUGAGCGAUUCAGGCUCUCGAGAGCCUCUUGUUUGUUUUUCUCUUAAUAUUUUGUACUGUUUCAGUUCUUUUUGUACAUCACUGUUAUAUUUAUGAUUGAUUUUAGUCUGUGAUAUGCAACUAAUUUGGGUUCAGUCUUGCCAUUCUGUUUCAACUAACAUCUUUGUUUUAUUUUUGAAAUAACAUAUGGAAACUUUGAACUACUUAUGUUUAACUCAACUGUGUUAGUGCUAACAUUGGAGCUUUAUUUUAAUUGUAUAUAUAUGAGCAUUUCUAAAAGUCUCCUAUUUAUUCCUUUUUUGUACAAAUUCCAAAAUAAUAGAAUCCAAAUGAAUUGUUUCGUCGUAAAUGUAAAGAACUUAGUGUUAUUUUCUGCUCAAGAUUUUUUCUAUACUUAACUCUUAAAAAAAUGUAUGUAGUUGCAUCCAUUUAUGUCAUUAAACAGAAAAAGUUUUCCCGUAGACCAUAAUGUUUUAGCCAGUUAGUUCAAGAAAUCACAGGUCUUUCUGUAUGAAAAUGUAACCCAAGUGUAGUCUUUGUGAGAAGUUGAUUUGUUCUUUAAAUAGAACAUACACUAAUCAGUACGAGUCUGUUGGUGAUAUAUAUUCAUUAGUCUUAGGUUUGGAUUCUAUUGAGACUUAUAAUUUAUUGCAUGUAGAUCUUUGUUUAAAAACUAUUAAAAACAGUUAAUUUGUGAUAUGUUAAUUUACACUCAUUGCCAGAAAGGAUCAAAAGAGAAGGUACAUUUUGUGGCCUAUUUAUCACUGUAUAUUCACCAAAAAUAAAAAAUUGUAUGAAUCAAAUUCUUUAAUCUUCAAAAGGGAAAUUUUGGAUAUUUGCAAAGCAUUGAAGACAAAUUUUGCUUUAUGUCAUAAAAGUGACGCCAUAAGGGAGAUUUUCAGGUAAAUUGCAAAAAUUGACUAAUUUCAGAAACAUUUUGGCUAAAUUAAUGAAAUGAAAUUCUCCAAAAAUUACUUUUUUGCAAUUGAAUAAGAUAAACACAAGGUGUACUGACGGCUGUAUAUAUAUCUUUUUGUGGGAUGGUUGUGCUCUAUUCCUGAGCAUCUGCAAGUCAAAUAGUCACAAUUGUGCUUGAUACCUGUGAUUUGAGGUAAAAUUUUGCUCAAAAUCGUACCGCCACCUUUAGGAAAUAUCAUAUUCAUAUGUAUUUAAUAAAUCUUGGGUUAUGGUAUUAACCAAUCUAUGAAUAACAUAUACCAGUAUUAAUGACUGCUGUAACUAAACAUUAGUUAAUUUAGAAAUAAGGAGGUUUAUUUAAAGCAUACUUUGGCUCCUUAAAUAAAGUUGUACAAAAUAAAAUGAAUUUGUAUAUCAAAAUGUUAGUGCUAAGUCUUUACUUCAAGGUCUUUCAGAGAUAAUAAAUAUUCACUAAGAUUUCAAAUGUGAAAGAUGGCAUAGAUUUAUUUUUUUGCUUAGUUUUGACAUGUUUUUGUUAAUACUUGAAAAAAAUAGAGCAGGUUAAAAUUUAGAUAUUUACGGGAGAGUAGUGGUUGACAAACACUGAUAAAUUAUCUUGUUGAUUUUUAGCUGUGAUAUUAAGUGGUUUUAAUUUACCUUUUACAACAGAACAAUAUAUAAUCUACAGUCAAUUGCAUUGUAUAUGGUUGUUAACCCUUUCCCCAUAAUGACACAUUUUGAUGCCUACCCCUUUCCUCCAUGAUGACGCCUUUUGACACAGUCCCCCUUUUACUCCAUAAUGAUGCCUUUUAAAUCCUCUAUGUGGUACCUCAGUUAAAGCAUUUUGCAUUAAUAAAUCUGUAGUAGACUUUAUCACAUUUGUAUCCAAUAUAAAAGGUAUAAACUUGGGAAUACCUGACGUGAGUUUAGAUGACAAAAUAAUCUAUUUCUUCAUGCAUUAUUAAUUUAAACUUGAUGAUUUUACUUUCAAUCACUUUCACCAUGAUUUCCUUUCAUUACAGUUAGCUUAUUUCCAAUAUUUCAUAAAUAAAUAUCCUAUGCAAAAUAGAUUAAUGCAAGAAAACAAAUUCAUCAUGGAGGAAAGAGUUUACAUAUUAAAUUAUAAAAUUCCUUAAUGUAAAAAUAAAAUUUAAAUUGCAAACGAAAAUACAUAAUUUAAUGAUAUUUAGUAACAAGAGCAUUGUUUAAUGGUGUCUUCAUUUAUAAUUUACCAGAAUUCGUCCAAAUAUUAUUGUAUUGUAUUUAUAUACCAUUUCAGUUUUUGUAUUGAUUGGUAGUUAAUGCUAUCUCAUCUGCAGGGUUUCUCCUAUACUGAGGUCAGAAUGAUGCUGAUUUUUUUUAAAAUUUUAUCUGGAUCAAGAGCAAGAAAUGUAAAAGGAUCUUGCUUUGGUAUUGUGUGGUAUUAGUUAUAAAAAAAAUUAAAAUUCAGUUGCAAAUUAAACAGUUUUUGUUUGUUGAUUUUUUCAUGAGAUGAAAAUUUCAUAUUGAUUUAGUUUGACCACAUAUAUAUAAACCUUUCUAAAGUUUCUAAGUCAUUUGUUAAUUUUUUAUUUUUUUUUACCUGUUGUAUGAUUUAACACAUAACAUAAUGUUGAGUUGUGGCUAAGUUUAUUUGUAUGUAAGUUUUUAUAGUUGAAAUGGCUAUAAAUAAAUACAAACUAUCAAAUUUGU